UUUCACAGCCAAAGGGCAACAACCUCUCUUCUUUCCUUCCCUAUUCUCUUUGACUCGUUAUUUGCCGGCUCAAGUUGUCUAUACAAAGCUGCAUCAGUUUCCCACUUCUUUAUUAACAAGAUCAUCUUCCCAAAUCCUAACUAGCAAAAAUAAUCUUUUAGUUUCAUUUUUUAUAAAGAUUAUGAUUUCCACCAACACAUUUCUUGUAUUUGUAUCUGUCAUUCCUGUGUUUUUCCUCCUCCGGUUCUUGUUUAGAACAUCUUUUCUGCAAAUUCUUGUAGGAUAUUGGAGAUCAUUUGAAGACCAUUUUCAUGUAUACCAAUUCUACAAAGUUCCACAGUUCAAUGAACAUUUCCAAGGAAACCAGCUCUUCCGUAAGGUCUUCACUUAUCUAAGCUCUUUGCCUGCUAUGGAAGACUCCGAUUUCACAAACCUCUUCUCGGGUCCUAAAUCCAAUGAUAUCAUCCUCCAUCUCGAUGAAAAGCAAGUCAUCCAGGAUAAGUUCUUAAGUGCUAGAGUGUGGUGGAGCAACGAGAAAUCUGAAAAUAAUAAUGGGCAAAGAACUUUGGUGUUGAAGCUAAGGAAGAAAGAUAAGAAAAGAAUCCUGCGGCCUUAUCUGCAGCAUAUUCUUUCAGCUGUCGAUGAGAUUGAGCAGAGAAAAAAAGAAAUCAAACUUUAUAUGAAUCUUGAGAUCAGGGAGCCUCAAGGAAAUGGAAGGUGGAGAUGGGUUCCCUUUACGCAUCCCGCCACCAUGGAUACGGUGGUUAUGGACGGUGACUUGAAGAACAAGGUAAAAGCUGAUCUAGAAUCUUUCUUGAAGUCAAAGCAGUAUUAUCACAGACUGGGACGAGUUUGGAAAAGAAGUUAUCUUUUAUAUGGUGCUUCUGGUACUGGAAAAUCUAGUUUUAUUGCAGCCAUGGCUAAAUUCCUGAAUUUUGAUGUGUAUGAUGUUGAUAUCUCCAAGGUUUCUGAUGAUUCUGAUUUGAAUAUGCUUCUAUUACAAACUACGAGCCGUUCGAUGAUUGUUAUCGAGGAUCUUGAUCGAUUCUUGAUGGAGAAGUCGAAGUCUGUGGGCUUAUCAGGGGUGUUGAAUUUCAUGGAUGGAAUUGUUUCCUGUUGUGGGGAGGAAAGAGUGAUGGUAUUUACAAUGAACAGUAAAGAUCAAGUUGUUGAACCAGAAGUAAUGAGGCCAGGAAGGAUUGAUGUUCAUGUACAGUUUCCUUUAUGUGAUUUCUCAGCAUUCAAGAAUUUGGCAAAUAGUUACUUAGGAUUGAAGGAACACAAGCUUUUCUCUCAGGUGGAGGAAAUUUUCCAGGCUGGAGGACAAAGUUUAAGUCCAGCUGAGAUUGGCGAGAUCAUGAUUUCCAACAGAAGUUCUCCAAGCCGGGCUCUGAAAUCAGUGAUUUCAGCCAUGCAAAACAACAGUAAGGUGGGGGCGCAAAGGUUAAGUGAGAGUAGAUCAGUUCGGUCAGGUGAUCAUCAGGAGACAGGUGAAGCGGAAGGAGGCGUGUUCUGCAGAGAAAGUGUUCACACAGUAAGGGAAUUUAGAAAGUUGUAUGGACUUUUGAGGAUGGGAAGUAGAAGGAAAGAGGAGGUAUUGGAUUUGGGUUCAGUAGAUAAGGAAGGAUCCAAGCAUGGAGCUUAAUGUUUCAAUGAAGACUCGUAUACAGAUAGAUAUUAGAUGUUUUAACCAAAUUGAUGCUCUCUUAGCACAUAGAUGAACUUUACAGACCUGACAGUUGCCUUUCCGUAAAGAAAAGAAAACAAAAAGAAAAACCUCACACUGCAUAAACUUUUUGAUUUUGUUUUUUUAUCUCCUUGUCGUUAACUUUGAUGUAACAUCAAAAUAUCCAUUUAUUAAUACAUAAGUUAUUUUUCUUA